CGAGUAUUUUCAAUCAUAAUGUUUAAUUUAAACGAUCAAAAUAUUGUAAGUUUGUGUUAUUAUGUUAUACGAAUAUACUAUUCAUAUUGACAUGCUAUUGAAAUAGUUUAUUUGCAUGUGAAAAUGCUGAAAAUUUAAUUUUUAUUUUUCAUCGUUAGAGCACAUGUUCCAAAAUGGAAAAAAAAAUGGCUGCCAAAAAAAAAAAAAAAAAAAAAAAAAAGAUCGUAAUAUAACACCAAUAUGCUUUAGCCGAUAGAAGGGUAAUGCACAGGAAAAUUAAAUUUAUCAUGGAAUGAUUAAUUAUGCAAUUCGCACACCUGAAUAUGGGAUAGGCCUAAAUGAAAUUGCAUGUAGUUGAUGCACUGAAGACGAUAUGUCUUAAUACCGGAUAUGAGUCAUAUCCGCGGAUAUGACUUUAAAUAAUUGAUAUGACUUAUAUUUAACACCGAAUGUUAGUAUAAAUUAUAAAUUGCAUGUUUUUAUUAUUAUUUAUUUAAUUUUUGUUGCAUAUAUUUGUAUGAUAAUUCCGAUUUCCGGAGUUAUAAAUAUAUGCACUAAUGUUUGACUUGCCAAUACGCCAUAUGGGCGCGCAGUCAAAAAAUUUUUUUUUGUGCCAAUGGGCCUUUAUAUUAUGCCACAUGGGCUUUUGUAUGCAUAUAUUUGUAUGAUACUUCCGACUUCCGGAGUUAUAAAUAUAUGCACUAAUGUUUGACUAGCCAAUACGCCAUAUGGGCGCGCAGUCAAAAAAAAAAAAAAAAAAAAAAAAAAAAAAAAAAAAAAUUUUUGUGCCAAAUGGGCCUUUUAUAUUAUGCCAAAUGGGCUUUUGUUAUACAUUAUAUUUGCAUGAUACUUUCGAUUUCCAGAGUUAUAAAUAUAAGCCCUAAUGUUUGACUUACCAAUACGCCAUAUGGGCGCGCAGUCAAAAAAUGUUUGUGCCAAAUGGGCCUGUUCAGUAUGCCAAAUGGGUUUUUGUAUGCAUAUAUUUGCAUGAUAUUUUCGAUUUCCGGAAUUAUAAAUAUAUGUUCUUAUGUUUGACUUACCAUUCGCCAUAUGGGCGUGCAAAAUAAUAAUAAUAAUUUGUGCCAAAUGGGCCUUUUUAAUAAUGUGCGUGCAGUCAAAAUUUGUUAUAAAUCCCAAAUGGGGUUUUUAUCAUUUUAUUUAUAUAUAGAUAUUUAUAUAUAUAGAUCUAAAUAUAUUAUUUGUAUGAAUCUAUAAAUUUGGAGUAAACAGUAUAAUUCUAUUUCAAGAUAUAUUUAAAAUCACAAAACAAAAAUGUUUUAUGCCAAAUGGGCAUCAAUUAUAAUAAUCAAUAAAUUCUGUAUGAUUAAUAUAGUUACUUUAAAGUAAAUUAAUAUGUAUUUAAUUUUGACUCCAUUAAUGAGGUCCAUUAAUAAUAUUGUAUGCCAAAUGGGCUUCUAUUCAGAUUUAUAAUGUGUUAUGCGUUGCGCACAUUAAAUGGAGGUUUUUAUAACAUUUAUUGAACUUGUAGUUAUCAUAACAUUUAUUUUGAUUUCAUAACUGCCAAUAUGCCACGUGGAAGAGGUGCCUCACGUCGUCGUGGAAAUCUUAGGCAACAGGUUGAUCAUAUGAGAAACCAGACCCGUUCACAAUCUCACCCUAGGCAUGUUUCACCUUCCCAACCAGAACCACAGCACAGGGCAAACUUACAUGACAUGGUCAGCUUACAACAAGCACAAGAUACCCCCACGUACCCUCAAGCUGUACCACAACACAUGAAUCAAAUGCCAGUUUCAUUAAAUCAACCAUCGGUUUCGACCAUGCCACAGCAAAUUCUACACCAGCAACAACAAUUUAUUCCUACAAGUACAUUGUAUCCUUCAUCAGGAGCUCAGGCACAAUACAUGAUGCAGUUUCCUGGUGCCCUGCAACCACAGUCACAUCUACGCAUUCAGCAACCUCCGGAACAACUGCAGUCUCAACUACCUAUGGAGCAACAACUGCAACCUCAGCCACCCUUGGAACCUCAGCCAUUAUUUGAACCACACACAUACGGGAAGGACAAGCCAGUCCAAGAAGAUUCGUUGCUCCACAGAGAACUGUGGGCUUUAGGCCAAACACCAGUAAACAAUGAUUUAUUAAAAUUUCACCUAGAAGGCUAUGAUAAUCAAUCAGAUGCAAAAUAUUUACUUGAUGGUUUUACUUUUGGUUUCAAGCUCCAGUAUUCUGGUCCAAGACUUCCUAUAAAUUCAAAAAAUUUAAAAUCUGUUUCCUAUUAUCCAGAAGUUUUAAGGGAUAAACUUUUAAAAGAAAAACAACUUGGUCGUAUCUUAGGCCCAUUUAAUAAAAAGCCAUUACCUAACCUUAGGAUAAACCCAGUGGGACUUGUGCCCAAAAAAUCAGGUGGCUGGCGUCUUAUUUCAAAUCUUUCUCAUCCUAACGGUUUUUCUGUUAAUGAUUUUAUUGAUCCGGAUGUAUGCUCUGUACAAUAUUCAAAAUUUGAUAAUGCCAUUGAAAUUAUACAAAGUUUAGGUAUUUCUUCCCUCAUUGCUAAAAAAGAUGUUAAAUCUGCUUUUAAUUUAUGUCCAGUCUACCCUGGUGACUUUGAUUUAUUAGGUAUCUUUUUUGAUGACACAUACUGGAUUCAAAAAAUGUUGCCACAAGGAGCAUCUAUAUCUUGUGCAAUUUUUGAAAAAUUUGCAACAUUUAUACAAUUUUGUGUUUCAAAAAAGGCAAACUCUAAUAAUAUUGAUCACUUUCUAGAUGAUUUUUUUCUUUGCUGCUAAAAAUAGAAAUCAAUGUCAAAUGCUUUUAGAUGCUUUUGAUAGUAUUUGUUAUGAUAUGGGAAUUCCUGUUAAUGAUGAAAAAACAGAAGGCCCAACCACGAAAAUGGAAUACUUGGGUUUCGAAAUUGACACUGCUGAGGGCACCAUUAAAGUACCAUCAGAUAAAAUUGAAAAAGCUAAAUCCAUGUUAGAAGAAGCUUUAUGUUCCAAAAAAAUAACUUUGAAGAAAUUACAAUCAAUGGUAGGUCUUCUUAAUUUUUUCUCAAAAGCUAUUCCAUCUGGAAGGGCAUUUAAUUGCCGCUUUUAUGCAGCCAUGUCUCAAGUUAAGAAACCAUACCAUUUAGUAAGACUUUCUUUAGGCAUGAAAGAAGAUAUUAGAAUUUGGUUGCUUUUUUUAUAUAAUUUUAAUGGUCAAACCAUUUUUAGUGACCUUCUAUGGACACCUGACAAUCAGCUUGAAUUAUUUACUGAUGCUGCAGGUUCAAAAGAAUUAGGAUGUGGGGCAUAUUUCCAGGGUAGCUGGGUUUAUUUCAAAUGGCCAGAUUUUUGGAAUAAUGAAACCAUGAGGGACAUCACUUUUUUAGAAGUUGUCCCUAUCUUACUAGCAUUUUUAACUUGGGAUUCCAAAUUGAAAGGAAAAAAAGUUA